AUGUUCAUGGCUACACAAAGUUGUUCAAAAUGUGUCAUGUUGGUGACACUAGUAGUAACCAUUUUUUUCAUCAAUCCAACUUCCUCAACAUCAAGAGGAUCUCUCAACCCUCACAAAAUCUCUAACCACGGCCUCCGAGUAGCUCUUCGCCACGUUGAUUCGGGCAAAAACUUGACGAAAUUGGAGAGAAUUCAACAUGGCAUCAACCGUGGACAUAGCCGACUCCAAAGACUUAACGCAAUGGUGUUAUCAUCAUCACCAACACAUGAUUCUUCUCCGUUAGAAACACCAAUUCACGCGGGAAAUGGUGAAUAUCUAAUGGAAUUAUCCAUUGGAACACCACCAGUUUCUUAUCCAGCAGUUCUAGACACAGGCAGUGAUCUCAUUUGGACUCAAUGUAAGCCUUGUUCACAAUGUUACAAACAACCAACACAAAUCUUUGAUCCAAAAAAAUCCUCAACUUUUUCAAAACUCUCAUGUAGUAGCAACCUAUGCAACGCUUUACCUUCCUCUUCUUGUAACAAAAACGGUUGCAACUAUGUUUACUCAUACGGUGAUAACUCAAUGACACAAGGUGUUCUAGGUAGUGAAACAUUCACUUUUGGUGAUGAGAACAACAAAAAACACAAAGUUUCUGUUCAAAACAUUGGUUUUGGUUGUGGUGAAGACAAUGAAGGUGAAGGGUUUGAACAAGCUUCAGGUUUAGUUGGAUUAGGACGAGGUUCUUUAUCUUUGGUUUCUCAACUAAAAGAACAAAGAUUCUCGUACUGUUUAACCUCAAUGGAUGACACAAAAGAAAGUGUUCUUUUCUUAGGUUCUGUUGCAAAUGUUCAUGUCACAAAACAUGUCACAACACCACUAAUUACAAAUCCAUUACAACCAUCUUUUUACUAUCUUUCACUCGAAGGAAUCUCGGUUGGUGACACAAGAUUAUCCAUUGAGAAAUCAACUUUUGAGGUUAGUGAUGAUGGAAGUGGUGGUAUGAUUAUUGAUUCCGGCACAACGAUUACUUACAUUGAAGAAAAUGCUUUUGGUUCAUUGAAGAAAGAGUUUAUUUCUCAAACGAAUUUACCUGUCGAUGAUUCGGGUUCGACUGGAUUAGAUGUUUGUUUUAGUCUUCCAUCAGGGAAAACUCAAGUUGAAAUUCCAAAACUGGUUUUUCAUUUUAAAGGUGGUGAUUUGGAAUUGGCGGGUGAAAAUUAUAUGAUUGGUGAUUCGAGUUUAGGUGUGGCUUGUUUAGCUAUGGGAGCUUCUAAUGGAAUGUCUAUCUUUGGUAAUGUUCAACAACAGAAUAUUUUGGUGAAUCAUGAUCUUGAGAAAGAAACUAUUUCUUUUGUUCCUACUCAGUGUAAUAAGUUGUGA